GGGCAGCGGACGGAGAGACAGGCGGGAGAGAGAGAGACAGACAGCGAUGGCGGACUCGAGGGGGGAGCCGCCGGCGGCCAAGCGGCUGUGCCUCGGCCACUGCGGCCCGGCUAGAGGGGCUCACACCAAGCCGGGCCACGGCAGGUUCCACAAGCCCGACUCGCUGCUGGACAUCAGCGCCAAGAAGGUGGCGGAGAAGUGGCCGUUCGAGCAGGUAGAGGAGCGAUUUUCACGAAUUCCCGAGCCUGUUCAGAGAAGGAUUAUUUUCUGGUCCUUUCCCAGAAAUGAGCGUGAAAUCUGCAUGUACUCGUCGCUCAGCUAUCAGUGUCAAGAAGGGGAGAAGGAUGGUGAAGUUCCGUUCAACAAAGGGCUGAGGUUGUUGGAAACGGGUGCCAUAGAGCGUGUCCUGCAAGUAGGAUUUCAUUUGAGUGGAACUGUGACAGAGCUAGCCAGCCAGGGUGAACCCGAGAAAACUUACAAAGUCGCCAUCAGCUUUGACCGUUGCAAAAUUACCUCAGUGACAUGUGGCUGUGGUAACAAGGACAUCUUCUACUGUGGUCACGUCGUGGCACUCUCCCUGUACCGUAUCCGGAAAGCUCAGCAGGUGGAACUACGCCUCCCCAUCUCAGAGACAUUGUCACAAAUGAAUCGGGAUCAGCUACAGAAAUUUGUGCAGUACCUCAUCACGGCCCAUCACACAGAGGUUCUUCCCACGGCACAGAAACUGGCUGACGAAAUUCUAUCUUCCUGUUCUGAAAUUAAUCAAGUGCAUGGUGCUCCUGAUCCCACUGCUGGUGCGAGCAUUGAUGAUGUGAACUGCUGGCACCUGGAUGAACAGCAGGUACAGGAACAGGUGAAGGUGCUGCUGUCCAUCAGUGGCUACUACGGAGCAAGCAAGCAGCUGCAUUCCAUGUUUGCCAAGGUGCGGGAGAUGCUCAGGAUGCGGGAUUCCAACGGCGCUCGAAUGUUGACACUGAUGACUGAGCAGUUUAUGGAAGACCCACGGCUCUCUCUCUGGCGGCAACAGGGCACGGGCAUGACGGAUAAAUGCCGAGAACUGUGGGAUGAGUUAGGUGCUCUCUGGGUGUGUGUCGUGCUAAACCCUCAUUGUAAGCAAGAUGAGAAAGCAGGCUGGGUCGAGCUUCUGAAGAAGUGGAACAACAUGGAUGUCUGCCCACAAGAAGAUGGUAACUAUGGCAAUCAUGUCAGCGAAACUCUGAGUAUCACAGCUGGUCUACAACACAACUCAAAUCGAAACCAAGGGUUGCGGCGAACUGUGUUUGUGCGUGCAAUAGAAGCCUGCGGCCUGGACUGGAAAGACUGCCACCUUCGCAAAAUUAUCAGCAGUGACAACUAUACAAACCAGUGGGGUGAUGGAGACCGUUCUCUGUUUGACUCCCAGGGACGGCCCCUCUGGCUGGAGCAUGUUCCGACUGCUUGUGCUCGAGUUGAUGCGCUGAGAUCGCAUGGAUACCCCAGGGAAUCCCUUCGCUUGGCGGUGGCAAUUGUUAAUACCGUCCGGUUGCAGAAAAGACGUCAAUUGGAAACAUACAAGCAUCAGAAGAAGGAGCUAUUACAGAAAGGUGUAACCGCCAUUGCCAAUCAGGAAGGCUGGGUUGGACAUCCUCUGGAUCCGAUCGGGUGCUUGUGCAGAACGUUGCUAGAGGCUUGUAAAAUGGAUGAUGAGAGCUCGGUGUUAUUCACAGAUUCAAUAAACGACAUUCGGAAGCCAAUCUAUCAGCACUUUCCGGUUCCUGGCGGUAGCAACACGGGAGAGUCUUACUAUGCACUUGCACUUGAAGUGGCACUAAUAGGAUUAGGCCAGCAGCGGUUAAUGCCAGAAGGCCUCUAUGCUCAGGACAAAGUGUGUCGGAAUGAAGAACAGCUUGUGUCGAUGCUGUCGCAAAUGGAAUUUGAUGAACGACUUGUUCAAGUGUUGCGAAAGCAAGCUGUCUUAUUGCUGGAAGGAGGUCCAUUUAGUGGCCUAGGUGAAGUUGUUCACAGGGAAAGUGUUCCUAUGCACACUUUUGCAAGAUACCUGUUCAAAGCUCUCCUACUUCAUGACCCUGAUCUGGCCUACAAAGUGUCUCUGAGAGCCAUGAGGUUGCCAGUGCUGGAAUCGAUGGCUCCAGCUGCGGACGGCUCUCACCCACAUCUGGUGGCGUUGGUAGAUCCCAGUCGCUACCCACGUUGGUUCAUCCUCGGGCACCUUGAAACUCAGCAGUGUGAGCUGGCGUCCACCAUGUUAACAGCUGCAAAAGGAGACCCGAAGUGGCUGCGAGUGGUGUUGGAAUCCAUUCAACAGAACAUCCAUUCUCCAUCCCUCAUUUACAAGCUGGCUCAGGAUGCUUGCAAGACAGCCACACCCCCCAACUGUGCACCUGACAUCACACUGCUCAACGUCUCUCUGGAGCUCGGGCUACAGGUCAUGAGGAUGACAUUGUCCACCAUGAAUUGGCGUCGACGGGAGAUGGUUCGUUGGCUGGUGAGCUGUGCUACAGAAGUCGGUGUGUGUGCCUUGAUGAAUAUUAUGCAGAACUGGUAUUCUCUCUUCACUCCGACGGAAGCCACUACGAUAGUCGCGGCCACAGUCACGUCUCACGCCACGGUCUUGCGCUUGAGCCUGGACUAUAGCCAGCGUGAGGAGUUGGACAGCUGUGCACGCACUGUGGCACUGCAGUGCACCAUGAAGGAUCCUCAGAACUGCGCUUUGUCUGCCCUCAACCUCUGCGAGAAGAACCACGUAGCCUUUGAAACCGCGUACCAGAUUGUGCUUGACUCUGCUUCCACUGGGAUGAGCUACUCACACCUGUUCACCAUCGCUCACUACAUGGAACACAGGGGCUUCCCCAUCCGCGCUUACAAGAUGGCCAGCCUGGCCCUGUCCCACCUCAGUGUGGCGUACAACCAGGACACACACCCAGCCAUCACCGACGUCCUGUGGGCCUGCUCCCUCAGCCACUCUCUGGGCAAGAACGAGCUGGCCGCCAUCGUGCCACUGGUCAUCAAGAGUGUGCAGUGCGCCCCUGUGUUGUCAGACAUCUUGCGCAGAUGCACAAUGUCUGCGCCUGGUCUGCCUGGUGUACCUGGCCGCAGGAAUUCGGGCAAACUCAUGUCCACAGAGAAGGCUCCCCUCUGCCAGUUGCUGAACGCCACCAUGGACGCCUACGUCAGCACCACACACUCACGCCUGACCCACAUCAGCCCCAGGCACUACGGAGAAUUCAUCGAGUUCCUCAGCAAAGCUCGAGAGACCUUCCUGAUGGCUCAGGACGGACACAUACAAUUCACACAGUUCAUCGACAACCUCAAACAGACUUACAAGGGAAAGAAGAAGCUGAUGAUGCUGGUUCGAGAACGUUUUGGCUGAAAUCCAGGGUUCCUCCUGUUCCCGAGUCUUCCUUUGUUACCAUGAACUCCUUUCUGCAAAGAGCCAAAACUGAAGUCAUUCCAUGUGAAACAUGUUGGAGAAGAGCUGGUUCAAUCCUGGUCCGAGCCCCACCACGGGCACAGUUUAGAUUCCCCAGCCUAUGGUGUUGAGAAUGGGGAUGUUGUCUUUGCAGUGGGGAGGAGGGGGGGCCAGACUGGACUGUCAAUACUAAACAUAAGGGGUGCACGGUGCCCCAGCUGGUGGUCCCCGAACGUUUCACAGGCAGGGGUUAAUUAGUAAAGACACUUUCUACUGCACACACUGUUUACAGGGGACUUUCCCACUUACUAUUUCAAUGGGGGAGGGUGGGAAAAAUCUGUUAAAUGAUUUAUAACAAUGUGGCCCCUAUUUUAUACAAAAGGUGUGAAGUGGGGACUGUCACUGCAGAAACGUGCUGUGAUAUUCUCUGCUCACCGGUGUCACGUGAGCUUGGUCAGUCCUGUGUGACCUCCAUCCCUCCCCCCCCCCCUCUCCAUGUCUCCCACAACCUUGCUGUUGCUCACCAGGAAGCCUGUUGUGUUUCACUGCUGGAGCAGCGUUGAGCCUCCACUCCCGAGGGCCGCGCCACUACGCCCACGGCCGGGACAGCGCCCGCCCAUCUUGCACAGGCUCCGAUGACAAAGGUGCGCCGUGAGUGAGAUGAGCCGCCUUCUCAUCUAUCCCCUCAUUAUCCAGCUCGUUAGUGACUCCGACACUUGGUGCCAAAAUGCAACGUCCCAUUCCCAAGCAGCCUCUGCGUUAGUUUCACUCAUCAGUAUUUUUACUCGAGCUUCAACCCACUUUGCCUUUCUCUUGCCAGCUCAUGUCCUGUCGUAAAGCUUCCUGUUAGACUGCUUGUGAGCCAGUCAACUGAACCCUUUUCCUUUCCCAACCACCAUUUCCCUAAAUAAGGCCACGUUUCCUUAAAGUGUUGACGAUAUAACUCCCUGAAGUGUGAUCAAGUGUAAGAGUGACUAAACAAUGGAGCAGGCACUCUUUCUUGCUUUGUUCUUGCCCGACCCACUGGUUAAGGGUUUGUUUUGUUCUUGUACAUGUCCUGCAGCUCCACAUGUCUGGAGCCAUCUACACUUUGCCACAAAUACUGAUGCUGUAGACUGGCUCAACAGCCCUAUUGUGUCAGAAACACUGCAUCAGUUGGUGUGACAUAGCUUGGGGCACACUCCACAGAGGAUCCAUCUCUUCCUUUGACCUAUUCUCUUGCCAACCCCGAAUUGACCAGAACAACAUUGACCAAAAACCUCCCAGAGAGCCACAUGUACCCGACUAUACCAAAUCUCCUGCUGUAUACCUCUGAACAACACUUUGUCUCUAUCUCUUGCCAACAUAAACCUGCCAAACUUGAAUUAAAAACAAAAGGAAGGUCGCAGAUAAAGCCAUUCUGAGCAGCCGAGUGUGUUUUGUAAACCUGUGUGUGCUGUGACUGAGCCCAUUCUCAGGGAAGAAGACUAUGGUUUGUAAAUAGUAUUUUAUUUGUCAAAUUAAGAUGAAAAUUUAAAAAACCUUUUAAUUUAUGGAGUAUGUAAUAUAGUACUUGAAUGUGUUUUGUGGGCAAGCAGAUUGUCAUUCAUCAACUUGAUGUGCUGCACAGUGUAAGGAGAAACAGAACUGCUGCUGGUCAGUUUUUAAUUGCUCUUGAUUUUUGUACAGUGUAUCCUCAAUUUUUUGUUAGAUAUUUAUUACAGUUUGGAAAUGGUUUCACUGUUGAGAAAUAGACCUAUUAAGAU